AACAAACACCCGCACACUCCACCUGCUGACAACUAUUUCUCGAACUGCACAUAUCGCCCUCAUGUAAUCGCCGUAAGAAGCAUGCCUCCCACCACACUGUCCGCCUUUCACCCUUCGCCCAAACGCAAGCGCGACCAGCACCAGCCGCCGCCCAUCCCGCUUCUAAACACUGCUCUCCGAUCCGCCUCGACUCCACCAGCCGGCAGCCCCACGCUCAGUGGAAGUGACAGCCCCAGGAAUGCUGUCGCGGACCAACUGCGGAGCAUGAGCUUGACCAGCAUUACUGCGAUACCUUUGAACCCGCUGUCGCCGACCGACGACACGGUGCACAAGAAGCCCAAACUGGAGGCGGGGAGAGCGGACAGUGGGACCUCGCUGGCCGAGUACCUCAAGGAGCCGAGGAAAAAGACAGUCCAAAUUGCGGGUGCGAAACACACACAGCCCGCCGCAGUGCCAGAUUCCAGCGCGAGGGAGGUACCAGAGACGCCUCAGGCAUACACACAACCCCGCAUCCUCUCAGACAUUGCUACCCUUGCACAACCCACGGCUUUCGUCUCGUCACCCACCAAUGCAUUGCCGCACAAGACCAAGUCACCAAGUCAGACGCAGUCCAACCACAAGGUUGCAUCGCAACCCCGCCAACGAAUAAAGUCGCCAUCGCCCCCGCUUUCCACGCUCACGUGGCAGGACAGCGAAAUUACUGGGCAUCUUGCCGAUCCCUCCAAGGACCCUGACGACGACGGGACUGGGCUGAAUGGCAUAGGGUUCAGGCCCACGCCCACAAUUGCCUAUGUUCGCGCGCAGAAGCGGAAGCAACAGAUCUUGGAUUGGAAGGCACGGGAAGCGAGGGAAGCUAGAGCUAAAAGAUCUGAGCGGCGAAGAAGGGGUGUUGGAGGGAGGUCGUCACGAGAGCCGACAAUUGAGAGGGAGCUGCCGGAGAAGACGAAUAUUGAUGCGCGUCGCUCUGUCAAGUUCGCCGUAUGAUGGUCCAUGGGGAAGAUGCUAAUCAUAAUGCUGGGGAAGUUUAUAUUUUCACGAUGUCACGAUACUUUUACGAUGUACGACGGCAGAGUAGCAUCCUUUGGGUUUGGGUCAACUGGAUGAUGGAGGAACAGGCGCAACUCGGUCAGCUUCGGUCAUGCAAUUUGCCUACAAGGUCGUACCUUGCUACUUGCAUCCCAUAUUUAGGAAGGGCACAUUGAGUGGUCCUGGGUGCGAUUGCUUGGUACCUGUCUCUUAUAAUUGUACAUCUUUUCAUACACGCUUCUGUACAUAGCCUUCGCCUUGAACCAUACCACGCUCCUACCAAA